GCCCGCGGGGUCUCCCGGGCGCUGGGGCCUGGGUUUGCGGCGGAGGCCUCGGAGCGAGCGUCGCCUGCGUCCCUCGCAGUGUCCUCCGGCCUCCCCUCGGCCAGGUUCAGGCUUGAAUUAGGGGCACGUCCCUCGCUCCUGACUUUGAGUGGAAGCUGUGCUGAACAGAUCUUGGAGCCAUGAACAUAUUUGAUCGGAAGAUCAACUUUGAUGCCCUCUUAAAAUUUUCCCACAUAACUCCCUCGACACAGCAGCACCUAAAGAAGGUCUAUGCCAGUUUUGCACUCUGUAUGUUUGUGGCGGCGGCAGGGGCCUAUGUCCAUGUGGUCACACAUUUCAUUCAGGCUGGCCUGCUCUCUGCCUUGGGCUCCCUGGGCUUGAUGAUGUGGCUGAUGGCAACACCUCAUAGCCACGAAACUGAGCAGAAAAGACUGGGACUUCUGGCUGGCUUCGCUUUCCUGACAGGAGUUGGCCUGGGCCCUGCUUUGGAGUUGUGCAUUGCCAUCAAUCCCAGCAUCCUCCCUACCGCCUUUAUGGGCACGGCUAUGAUCUUCACCUGCUUCAGCCUGAGUGCGCUCUACGCCAGGCGCCGGAGCUACCUGUUCUUGGGAGGUGUCCUGAUGUCAGCUAUGAGCCUCAUGUUCCUGUCUUCUCUGGGGAACCUUUUCUUUGGAUCCAUUUGGCUGUUCCAGGCAAACCUGUAUGUGGGGCUGCUGGUCAUGUGCGGCUUUGUCCUUUUUGAUACUCAGCUCAUCAUUGAAAAGGCUGAAAAUGGAGAUAAGGAUUACAUCUGGCACUGCGUUGACCUCUUCCUCGAUUUUGUUACACUCUUCCGGAAGCUCAUGCUGAUCCUGGCUCUGAAUGAGAAGGACAAGAAGAAAGAAAAGAAGUGAACUGGCCGGCAGCCUCUCCAGCUUGACUUUCCUCCUUCGCCCUCAGUUCUUUGCACACAUCACAGGUGUCGUGAUCUAUGAUAAUGAAAAGCAUCAGGAAAGCUUUUGUACUUUGUGGUUUUCUCUAUUUUGAAUUUUUUGAUCAAAAAACUGAUUAGUGAAUAUAGUUUGGAGUUUGGCUUCACAUUCCUGGGGUUCUUCCUCAUUCCCUUUCUGUCAGCCCAUCCAUAGGCUCUUGCUGUGCGCAGGCAGCCAGUCCAUCAAGAUGAGCAGAGGAGCAGGUGUCCGCGCUUCUGCACACCUCCACAGGUGGACCCCUGGACUCUUGACCCUUGUGGUUUGUUUCUCACAGUUCUGUGAGGCUGGGCAGUGUGUUUGCCUUGGGAAGUGCUUGGCUCUGGUGGGUGCUUGGCUUCCUCUGCUGCCUAAUUCAGUCUGGCAAACACCUUUCUGCCUUGCCUUGAGGAGGGAACAUGGACCUGUGGGUGCUCUCUUACACCUCUGAGAGGCCCUCAGGGAAUUUACCUGCUUUCCACUGUGGUGGGAAGGCUUGAGUACAGGAAGAGCAGCUGUGGUCCCAUGUUCAAUGAGGGGCAAGGCAGAACAGUUCUCAAGUUCCCCUAUUGUAUUUUUCUUUGUUGGUCUGUAAAGUUAACAGCCUGUGUUACUGAUUGGCCUCCUGGCGUUGGUUAAUAAGAGUCUCGGGGGCAGGAUAGGAAGGAGGAUGCCUGAGCCUCACCAGCUGAGGUGAGGGCUGCAGCUCUGGGGGAGCUCCACCUACUGAGCGCUUCCACACAGGCAGGGUCAGUGAGGCGGCGCUUUACAUAGCGCUUGAGUGCAUUUUUGUCUGUCUGCCUGGACACGAUUAGGGAAUAUCAGACCAGAGAUUUGAGGCAGUAGGUCAUGGUCACUUUAGCGUUCAGUUUCCAAAAAUUUUUGGUCUUCUGGGCAGCAGCCAGUGACCAAACUGUGGGCCUUCACAGUCUGCACAGAAGGUGGCACCAGCGAGGCCGUGACCCUGCCUACCAGGCCACUGACAGCCUGAUACCAAUAGGAUGGUGUUCUGGGCUUUCCCUGCUCACAGCCAGUGUGAUUUGACACAUUGGCUGCUGGCUCUCUGUCCCACGAAACUGCUUCUGCAAUGGCGUGCCCUAAGAGGCCCAGGGCCACUGUGGAUGCUUCCCCAGUGGCCUGCUGCCUCCACCCUGGCUUGACCCUACCUACUGGACAUCAGCAACUCUUCCAGAAAGAUGACUCUCUGAGGCCUCAGGAGCUGACUGGGUUCCACCUCUUGAAGCCAGACUCCACCUCUUGUGCUUUUUUGCUUGGGAUAAAGGAGUUUUUCUUUAGAAACAGUGCCAAGAAUGAUAAGAUAUAAAACUACUUUUAAAGAAAAUACCUAACAGGUUUUUAAUACCGGUAUCCUUGUCAUUUCCACUUUCUUCCCUAGUUCUUUGGUUUUUCAGCUCAGGCUGCAUUCUCUAACUCAUACUGUGAAGACAAAGGUGUUUUUGAUUAAAAAAAUAUAUCUACAUAGUCUUAAUUUGUAAAAAAUAAAGAAAAUUCCUUAACCUUU